UCAUCUGUUUGUGUCCAAUGGGUCUACAAAUUCACUUUGUGGUUGACCCUCAGGGUUGGUGCUGCAUGGGCCUCAUUAUCUUUGUCUGGCUGUACAACACGAUCUUCAUUCCCAAAAUCAUCCUUUUUCCUCACUAUGAAGAGGGACAUGUUUCAGCUGUGGUGAUUUUGUGUUAUUACUUUUGUUCGUUGUUUUGUAUAGCUUCGUUACUAAGAGCCUCAGUAGCUGAUCCAGGAAAACUACCUGAAAACCCAAAGAUACCACUUACAGAAAGAGAAUUUUGGGAAUUAUGUAACAAAUGCAACAUGAUGAGACCAAAGCGCUCCCACCAUUGUAGCCGUUGCGGACAUUGUGUUAGGAGAAUGGAUCACCACUGCCCUUGGAUUAAUAACUGUGUUGGUGAAGACAAUCAUUGGCUGUUUUUGCAGCUAUGUUUCUACACUCAGAUUCUUAGUUCUUAUACGUUGAUACUUGAUUUCUGCCAUUAUUACUACUUCUUGCCACUGAAAAAAGAUAACUGGGAUGUAUUUGUACGUAGACAUGAACUUGCUCUUCUAAGAAUAUCUGCCUUCAUGGGUCUGGUAGUACUAGGUGGAAUAAGUGGUCUCUUUUAUACUCAGCUAAUGGGUAUUUUCACUGACACUACGAGUAUAGAAAAAAUGUCAAACUGUUGUGAAGAUAUAUCAAGGCCCCGAAAGCCAUGGCAGCAGAGCUUAUCUGAAGUUUUUGGCACUCGCUGGAAGAUCCUGUGGUUUAUUCCUUUCAGGCAGAGGCAGCCACUGCGAGUUCCCUACCACUUUGCCAAUCAUGUCUAAACAGAUGGAUGGUGGGCACAGAUGCGUCCUCUAUGCUGGAAGUGUGUUACAGGUUUUAUGAUAAUAGGACUGUGACAGUCCUCAAGUCAAUUAAAAUCCACCCACCAAUCUUAGUCAUCAUAGUGUGCCCCGGGCUUUAUUUUAAUAGUGGUCCGGAUUUUGUUGUGGGAUUAAUAAAAGUUACAUGUUUAAGUUAAAGCAUAUUUACUUUAGGAUUAGCUUUCUAAAGGGAUUUCUUUAUUGUUU